GGCCAUGGCCUCACCCAAGAGUGUGUUCAGAACCGCUGGGGCUGGGCUGGUACAGAGAGUCCCUUUGGCCCUGUCCACACAGACCUAGUUAGCAUCCAAAGCCAGAGUGACACAAGGCAGGAGGCCCCUGAAAUGUGGAUGGAUGUCCCCCCACACCUGCCCUCCUUGGGUGCUGCUGAUGGAGAAGAAUCAUCCCAGCAUUAUUUAGGCAGUCAUUGGGGGAGCCACAGGACAGAGGGCCAUGGUUGUGUUUGUAUGCAUGGACCAAGAAGAUGUUGCCACAGUUGGGCUGGUUCCCCUCUCUUCAAUUUCGGAGGUAAGUGUGUAUGUGUCUGUUCAUGUGAAAGAGGGUAAUUAUUCUCUAUGAUGAUGAUCCAGUAUGGCUGCGAUGUAGUAUUUUCCUCUAAUCAAAUACUUCUGUUUCCCAGUGAGGAAGACAAUGAUGGUAGGAGUCGAGGUGGAAAUAGUGGAGGAAGUAGCCUAUGAGGACACAGAGACACUUGAAGUAAUGUAAGUAUUUAAAUGAUUCAAGGUCAUUGUUAAUUUACACAUUGUUGACGCACAUAAACAUGAAGUAUGGCUAUGCAGUAGCCUAAUGUUUUUAUGUAUUUAUUUUUAGAUCAGAAGGAGUGUAUCCAAAUUAUUUGAUGGAACCCAUAUUGCUGCACGAUGACCAGCUUUCCCCCACC